AUGGAGAGGAAAAUGAUAGAUGCAACCAGUGGAGGUGCCAUAGUGAAUAAGACUCAUCACAAUGCUAGAGAAUUGAUCCCCAUCAUGGCCGCCAAUUCACAACAAUUUGGCUUUAGGCAAGACACAUCUUCAAGAAGGGUGAAUGAGGUAGGUUCUUCCUUCAUUGAACAUCAAUUAUCGCAUCUCACAUCCCUUGCUCAACAACUAGUUAUAGGAAAAACGCAACAAGUGAAAGCUUGUGGGAUAUGUGUUGCGAUCGGUAACCCAAUUGACAUGUGCCCUACACUUCAAGAUGAUUCUCAUGAGUACGCCAAUGCAGUUGGAAGAUUUUCCGAUCCUCCACAAAGGAAAUAUGAUCCAUACUUAAAUACCUAUAAUCCAGGAUGUAGGGAUCAUCCUAACCUGAGCUAUGGACCAAGACCAUCUGCAAUCACGUUGAGAAGUGGGAAGGAGUUGAAGGAACCUAGUCCAUUGGCUCAUGGGAAAGCCUUAGAGGAAGAAAAUGAAAAGGAAGUUGUUGCUCCCCAGACUCAGAAAGACCAACCUAAAGGACUCAAAAGCGAAAAACUGAAGGAAUUUGUCAUAGAUACUCCUUUUCCCUCUAGAUUCACUAAGUCCAAGAAAGAAGCAGAAGAGAAAGAAAUUCUUGAGACAUUUCACAAGAUCGAGGUAAAUAUUUCUUUACUAGAUACAAUUAAACAAGUACCUCGAUAUGCUAAAGUUCUUAAAGAAUUAUGCACUAACAAGAGAAAGCUCAAGGGUAAUGAAAAGGUAAGCAUGGGGGAGAAUGUUUCAGCUAUCCUCCAGAAAAAAACUACCCCUCAAGUGCAAAGAUCCAGAUCUAAUGUAUAUCCUGAGGGAGUUUUAGAGGAUGUUUUGGUGCAAGUUAAUGAAUUGGUGGUCGGAGUGCUGGUUUUAUCCUUUGGUGGAGUUAUAGUCGAAGAAGAAGAUAGGGAGAGUGGCGCCGUUGAGAGUGAAACGAAGAAGAGUAGAGAGAAUGGAAAGCGGCUGAGUGGCUGA